AUGCGCACGCGGAGGAGCCGGGACAGAGAGGAAGCGCGGGCUUCCGCCCUGUUUGAUGCCUGCACUGCAGCCCAGGCGGGAAGCGGGAGCAGGGAGAGAGCUCUACACUGCAGCCCCAACGAUUCCCCUCCUUCCCCUCCUUCCCCUGCUCCUUCUCCUCCUCCUUCCCCUGCUCCUUCUCCUCCUCCUUCCCCUCCUUCCCUUCCUUCCCCUCCUUCCCUUCCUUCCCCUCCUUCCCCUCCUUCCCCUCCUUUCCCUCCUUCCCCUCCUCAUCCUUCCCCUCCUUCCUCCCCUCCUUCCCCUCCUUCCCCUCCUUCCCCACCUUCUCCUCCUCCUUCCCCUCCUUUCCCUCCUUAUCCUCCUUCCCCUCCUUCUUGUCCUUCCCCUUCUUCCCCUCCUCCCUCCUCUCCUUCCCCUCCUUCCCCUCCUUCCCCUCCUUCUCCUCCUUCUCCUCCUUCCCCUCCUUCUCCUCCUCCCCCUCCUUCACCUCCUCCUUCCCCUCCUCCCCCUUCUCCUCCUUCCCCUCCUCCCUCCCCUCCUCCUUCCCCUCCUCCCUCCCCUCCUCCCUCCCCUCCUCCUUCCCCUCCCUCUCCUCCUCCUUCCCCUCCCUCUCCUCCUCCUUCCCCUCCCUCUCCUCCUCCUUCCCCUCCAUCUCCUACUCCUUCCCCUCCUUCCCCUCCUCCUUCCCCUCCCUCUCCUCCCUCCCCUCCUCCUUUGCCUCCCUCUCCUCCUCCUUCCCCUCCCUCCCCUCCUCCUUCCCCUCCAUCUCCUACUCCUUCCCCUCCUUCCCCUCCUCCUUCCCCUCCCUCUCCUCCCUCCCCUCCUCCUUCCCCUCCCUCCCCUCCUCCUUCCCCUCCCUCCCCUCCUCCUCCCCCCUCUCCUCCUCCCUCCCCUCCCACUCCUCCUCCCUCCCCUCCCUCUCCUCCUCCCUCCCCUCCCUCUCCUCCUCCCUCCCCUCCUCCCUCCCCUCCUCCUUCCCCUCCCUCCCCUCCUCCCUCCCCUCCCUCCCCUCCUCCCUCCCCUCCUCCCUCCCCUCCCUCCCCUCCUCCCUCCCCUCCCUCCCCUCCCUCCCCUCCUCCCUCCCCUCCUCCUUCCCCUCCCUCCCCUCCUCCUUCCCCUCCCUCUCCUCCUCCCUCCCCUCCCUCUCCUCCUCCCUCCCCUCCCUCUCCUCCCUCCCCUCCCUCUCCUCCUCCCUCCCCUCCUCCCUCCCCUCCCUCCCCUCCUCCCUCCCCUCCCUCCCCUCCUCCCUCCCCUCCCUCCCCUCCUCCCUCCCCUCCCUCCCCUCCUCCCUCCCCUCCCUCCCCUCCCUCCCCUCCUCUCUCCCCUCCUCCUUCCCCUCCCUCCCCUCCUCCUUCCCCUCCCUCUCCUCCUCCCUCCCCUCCUCCUUCCCCUCCCUCUCCUCCUCCCUCCCCUCCUCCUUCCCCUCCCUCUCCUCCUCCCUCCCCUCCUCCUUCCGCUCCCUCCCCUCCUCCUUCCCCUCCCUUUCCUCCUCCUUCCCUUCCCUCCCCUUCUCCUUCCCCUCCCUCCCCUCCUCCUUCCGCUCCCUCCCCUCCUCCUUCCCCUCCCUCCCCUCCUCCUUCCCUUCCCUCCCCUCCUCCUUUCCCUCCCUCCCCUCCUCCUUCCCCUCCCUCCGAGAAGCCCCCGCACCUGGGGGAGAGCCUGCCGCCCGCAGCGGCGCCCACACUGCCUGCCGAGCCCACACUGCCCAGCAGUGAGCUGAGGCCCCGGGGAGGCCGCAGCGGCUCUGGAGGAGAAAAGCAUCCACGCCAGUACAAGAAGCCACCGCCGGUCAGGUGGGAGAAGGCCAGCAUCCGCUGUCUGCUCCAGAGGGAGGAGCGGCUUCCCGUUCCAGGAGGGCUCUGCAGUGGCAUCUCUCGGCCAGGAUCCCCGGGGGACCGGUGA